AUGGGAGAUCAGAGUAGUCGUGGCAAUGGCAGACAGAAUUUCACAAACAAUGACCAUCCCGAUGAUCCAAUUGAAGAUCCUUCACUUACCCAACUUUUACCCAUGAACGAAAUAUCAGACGACGAUUCUCCUUCUACCCCUCGUUUCUUACAAGAUCAGUCUUCCUAUCGAUACCUUAGAUGGGUUCCAAUUCCUGUCAGACGUAUCAUUAAACAAGCCGUCCAUUGGGCUUACGGGCCAGAUCCGCCGCGGAUAAAUGUAAUCAAGCCAUGGUUUCCAUGGUUACAGGAAGCACCAUUGCGACUUUUGGAUCGAUACAUACCCAAGAGAAGACAUAGGGUAUCACUUCUUGUAGCAUAUUACUUUUGUUGGAUCUUCACAUUUGCUCUUGUCUUACGCCAGAGUACACUUGCUACCGAGAUAGAGGAAUGGGGAGUACCUGGCAAUAUUGGAUGCGGGAACACAUAUUGGGUAGCUGGGAAUAAGUGUGGACUGAAUGGAAAUGAUUGCCGCCCUUUCAAUGGAAGCGGAUUCGCAUUUCGAUGUCCCGCAAAUUGUGCCAGCGCAAAGGUACUCAAUCCUCGAGCUGUGGGAGCGCAGGACAUCAACUACAGGCCCUUGGUGAUUGGCGGGCCUACAGACGACGACACCACUGCCGUCUAUCGGAGUGACAGCUUUAUUUGCGGAUCUGCAAUUCAUGCUGGGGUCAUCUCCAAUACCAAGGGAGGUUGUGGAGUCGUGAAUCUAGUUGGAGAACGACACAGUUAUCAGAGCUCGAAUCAGCAUGGGAUCAAAAGCAUUGGUUUCGAUUCAACCUUCCCAUCGUCAUUUGCAUUUCAGAAAGGAAUCAAUUGUAAGGCUAAAGAUUCGCGCUGGUCGCUACUAUUUGUUUCUCUCACAUUCACAGUAUUGCUGUCGGUCUUCACAACGUCCCCUGGUCUCUUUUUCUUCUCCAUCUUCACUGGACUUUUUGCUCAUACUGGUCUUGGCUCUGAUCCACCUAAUCACAAUACUAUGGUCGGACUGGUUUCAAACAUUCUAGGGAAGUUCCUACCCGCAGCAUUUUGCGCUUUCGUCAUAUAUAAAUAUAUGGGUGUCGAACGUGCCUUAAGUGGGCUUACGGCUCAAAUUGAAAAGACAAUCUUGUGGUUAGGCGCGUGCUGGGUUGGGGCACUUUCAAACUAUACAUUUGAGUGGAUUCCUCUUCAACGUUUGAACGCUCACGAUAUCAACCAACAGCCAGGUGCCAAGCUUGCUCUUGCACUUAUCAUCAUAUCCCUUAUCGUUAUUAUCGUGAAGCAAGUAUUCUUCUUCCGCAUGGAAGGUCGUUUGAUUCGCUUUCUGGGAUUAUAUGGGAUAUUUGUUGGCGCCAUACUUUUAUCACUCCUGAUUCCCGGUCUCAAUCUUCGAAUACAUCAUUAUAUUCUUGCUCUUUUGCUGUUACCGGGAACCAGCAUGCAAACCAGACCUGCACUUUUAUAUCAAGGAUUAUUGGUCGGCCUGUUCAUCAACGGCAUUGCGCGAUGGGGAUUUGAUCCUGUGCUUCAAACCUCUGCAGCACUCCAGGGAGAUUCGCAGCAUAAUUCUGCGCUACCCAAAAUCUCAUCUCCACAAAUCUCAAUUGGUAGCAAUGUCUCCACUAUAUCAUUUUCCUGGCUUCCACCACCUGAACCAUUUGACGGCAUCAGUGUGCUAGUUAAUGAUGUAGAACGUUUCAGAGGAUACGCGGAUGAAGGAUUCGCAAGUGACAAACAUUUCGUUUGGCAUAAAAACUCUUCUUUGUUACAGCCCGAAUACUUUAGGUUUGGAUACAUGCAAGGCUCCAAAAGUUGGGAUUACACGAAAGCAGGAAUUUGGCUUGCCGAUUGGACGUGGACAGAGAUGAAAAAAGGGCCAAGUAAGGUCAAGAGUAGAUCAUUGGACGGAGAAGUCUUCACUAUAUAG